GAAUACACAAUUUGCUGUUGUUGAAAACCCUGGAUUCUGGCAUUGGACAUUUACUUUGAAGGACAUUGAUGGGGGUGUUUUGGCUGAGAUAGAUCGUGAUUGGAGGGGGUUUGGCUUUGAGCUCUUUACUGAUGCUGGGCAAUAUGUGAUUCGGUUUGGGAACUCUGAUCCCGCCUCUAAGAUUGGCCUUGCUAGCCAGAUUCAAGAGUUGGAAGUAGUUCGCCCACUGACUUUGUCAGAGAGAGCUGUGACUCUUGCUCUUGCUAUAUCGUUGGAUAAUGACUAUUUCUCAAGACAUGGUGGAUGGGGAAUGCCUUAUGUUGAUCUCGGUGAAUAGGUCUUGCUAUCCGUGUGGUGCACAGAUGACAAAUCCCAGUAAUUAUGCGGUUAUUCGUAUUAUGUUAGGAUUCGAAACAUUGCUCGCCUGCUUUGUUAUGCUCCUUAGAGGUUCUCUAGCGGACAUGCAUUUUCUUGGGGUGCACGGAGACAUGCUCAAAACAUGAAAGAAUAGAGUUUUCAGUACAGAUGUGAUGGGCGUCUUCAUAAUAACUUGAAUUUUUCACAUCAUGGUCCUCAUCUUUUACAUGACUCAAUUUCAUGGCAACUCAAACUUGAACUUCUGAUUUGCAUAUCAGCUUGUAACUUCGCAAAUUGUAACAAUGCUUUAAUGGAUAGGAGUAAGAUGGGUCUAUGAGUCGAUUCUAAUUAUGAAAGAUGUAUACUUU